CCUCUGAAAUAAACGAAAGCUUCGCUAUUAAGACUCUGCGACAAGGUCCUGUAUUGCAUUUCUGGACAGGAGAGGAGAAAGAAAUGAGGAUAUUCAUGUUAGGAAGAGACUAAUAAGUGUACAGAAUGCAAAUUCUUCAGUUCUAAACAUUUUACCGACUGCAAAUACGUGGUGAUUCAUUCUAUACGUACAUAUAGUUGAUUUGAGCUUGAGUUUGUGGUUGUGUAGGUUUAUGCACAGAUAUAGCGGAGAGUAUUUGAUUCGUGUAAUUUGAAAUCAUAGACAGAAACUGUCGGAGAAUUUGUUUGAUUGGUACAAGUAUUUGGAGAGAAAAUUGUUUGUAACCAUAAGGAACAGAGCUUUUUGGGGACGGCGAUGACGAAGUUGAAGGAAUAGUGGAUAAGAGGAACCGAGUGGAAAUGGCAUUGCAUCCGUCGUCAUCAUCGACACCACAAUCAAAGCCCCAAGUAGACGAAAGCCAAACCCUAAUUCCUGGUCUUCCGAACGACAUAGCGGCUUUGAUCCUGUCUUUUGUGCCGUACUCGUACCAGUCGCGCGUCAAGUGGACCUGUAAGUCAUGGUACCUUUUUCUCUCGUCGAAAACCCUAAUUUCUCUACGUUACAAACACAGACACCUUUCACAUCUCCUUUGUGUCUUUCCUCAGGACCCUUCAAUCUCCUCUCCUUACCUGUUUGACCCCGAGAACCUCGCAUGGCGAGCUCUCCCUCCUAUGCCCUGCAACCCUCAUGUCUAUGGCCUCUGCAACUUCACUUCCGUGGCCCUCGGCCCCAACCUCUACGUCCUCGGUGGUUCCCUCUUUGAUACUCGCUCCUUUCCGUUGGACCGCCCUAUGCCUUCGUCAUCUGCAUUCCGUUACAAUUUCUUGACGUCCUCUUGGGACUGUCUUGCUCCAAUGCUGUCCUCUAGGGGCAGCUUCGCGUGUGCCGCAAUGCCCAAUCUGAACCAGAUCAUCGUGGCUGGUGGCGGUUCUAGGCACACGCUGUUUGGUGCUGCAGGUAGCAGGUUGAAUUCUGUGGAGAGGUAUGAUGUUGAGAGGGAUGAGUGGGUGGAAAUGGACGGAUUGCCCAGGUUUAGAGCUGGAUGUGUUGGGUUCUUGGUUGGGGAUGGGGAGGAGAAGGAGUUUUGGGUGAUGGGUGGGUAUGGGGAAUCAAGGACGGUUUCGGGUGUGUUGCCUGUGGAUGAGUAUUAUCGGGAUGCUGUGGUUAUGGAGUUAAACAAGAAUGGUGGUGGCAGCUGGAGAGAGGUUGGCGAUAUGUGGGGAGAAGGAGAGAGGACUAGGCUUGGGAAGAUUGUUGUCGUUGAGGAAGAGGGUGGUGGCAGGCCUGUUAUUUUCAUGCUGGAUGAGAGUGACAUCUUCAGGUAUGACAUGACCUCGAACUGUUGGCAAAAGGAGUCCAGUGUACCCAGAAAAAUUCAGCACAACAAAUCAGUUGGUUUCGUAGUGUUGAAUGGCGAGUUAUAUGUCAUGAGUCUUCUUAAUGGAGUCGAUUUGACUGAAACCCGACGGGGCAGACAGCAGAAGAGGGCAGGAACAAUGUUAAGCCAAAUCUACCAUCCCAGCAAGAAGACAUGGAGAUCUCUCGUCACUAAAUCACCAUUCAGUAACCAGCUGGAUUUCAGUACAACUGUUAUGUGUACCAUUCAGCUAUAGGGGUGUGUCUCCUAUACCGCAGCUAUUUGCACCGGAGUUGUUCAUGGAUGGUGCUCGGUUUGAUCAUAGCAUCGUAGUAGGUCUAUGUACAGAUUGAUAAGACUAUGGGUUAUAUCUCCAAAAGGUAAAUCAUCAGAUCAUUUGGAAUCAUUGUAAAUGUUACACAUUGUGUCAAUUUCAUCCAAGUAGUAUAAAUAAUUAGCAUAUGUACAGGAUAUAAACUCCUAUAGUAAAGCUGGGUGAAUUCGUUGCAUUUAAUCCUUUCUUCAAAUGUUGUUGAAUAAACUUCUAAACACUGUCGACUCACCAAAA